CCACCAGCCUCACCCCACUUCUGCCCCUUGGGGGGGGCCAGCGGGACCGGCCCUGCCUCGGCUUCCUGGGUCGGAAGCACUGGGCCCUCCCCCAUCCCCCUGCUAAACCUGGUGUCUCUGGGUACUGACCUUUCUCUCCUGAUCCCUCGUGGACCUCGUGUGGCCACAAGGAGCAGCUGUGGGGCCAUCCGGGGCCGGUUGCCGGGCCUGACCACAGAGCCACAGGGACGGGGCAGGACCCGCAUUUGGGCCCGGCCUCCCUUGCACAGCCCCCAGCCCUCCAAGGGCACAGAACUCGCCUUUCCUCCCUUCAGGAUGGCAGACGGGUGUACUCUGUGUGCGCCUGGCCCUGAGCCUUGCGUUCUCACCUGUGAAGUGGCUGCCACAGCCGUGCCCGCCCUGGGCACCGGAGCUGCUGGGCCCCCACCCCGCCAUGGAGCGCCUCAAGGGUGCCCUUUGGUGUCUGGGCUCCAGAGGUCUCCGGGCUCGAGGGGCCACAGGAGGCACAGAGGCUGAUCUUACCCAACGCCUCUGCUCACAUACCUUCAGGGACAGGAAGCUCACCCCUCCGCGGGCACCGCUCCACACACAUCCUCCCUAGCCUUCAAGGACAUGCUGGCCCCCAUGGCCUAAGCCCUCCCUCUGUCAGGGCAAGACCAAGCACCUCCGGGCCUCUGACCCGCGGGUCACGCCGCCGUGAGGGGUGGGCCCGGAGUGGGGAGGGUCAGCUGUGAUGGGAGCAGCCCGCAGCUGAGGAGGGAACUGCCGAGGAAGCGAGGUCAGAGGGGAAACCCAGCUCCGUUCAGCCCUGCCCUCUUCGUCAGGUGCGGCUGUGGGCCGGGGUGACACAGGACCCUCUGGGCGAGGAGCCGCUGGGGGUGGGCUCGGGCGGCAGGCUGGCGCUCAGCGCAGCGUCCAUCCACACGCCCCCUGACGUGGCCUGCCCGGCACUCCUCAAUACGGCUUUCAAGAACCUUCUCAACCACUCUGUGCUAGCAGACCAGGCUGUGGUGGACACUUCCUGCCUUGGGCUCCAGCUGUCCGACCCCAGCCCACCCCCAACGUUUGGGUUCCCCAUUCCACUCGGAGCUGGAAAAUCGCUUCAUUGCAAGGAAAUGAUACAGGCAGGCGCUCAAGCAUAGGAAGAGAGAUCACUGGUAACAUCGUAAACCUGGACAACCUAGAACUAAUGCAAUGGUGGGAGGGAGGGGGCACACUUUGGGGAAAGAACGACAGGUGUGCUCAGGGCCUAAUGAACUUGGCUGACCUGGGAGAACAAGUCUUAGAACCCGGCAUCUGUGGGUGGGGAUGGGCCCAGGUGCCAGGAAUCGAAGGUUGAGAACCCAGGCUGGGCUCAGUACCCACCACUGUCACCAGCUGGAAGGGGCCGGACCUGGGGUCGGGGGAGGGAGGCUCUGACCCUAGGCUGGGUCCUGGCCCACUGACCACCCCAGGGAGAGCUGUGUUCAAACCCUGGACCCUGCAGUUACUAGCUGUGGGCCCUGGGCAAGUCACUUCCCUUGCCUCAGUUUCUCUACCUGUAAAAUGGAGAGAGUAAUAGUUCCCACCCCUCACGGGUGCCGCGAGGAAGGACUUAAGAACAAUGCCUGGCAUGGAAUACGUGGAAUAAACACUCUCCUGGCCCCCCUGCAGAGGGUGUGAGAUUCUGCUGGAAUCCUCGUCAUAGAGGGCUGGCCGAGAAGCCCAUGAGAGUCUAGAGGCCCUGUGUAAACAGCUAGGGGUGCGGGCUGGCACCCCAGCAUUGCCCACAGCUCCGACCUGCGUGGAUGCGUGGAUGGGUGGGUGGCAACAGCUAACAGCCCUGGCUUUCUCCCAAAUCAGAGUGCCUCGCCUGUCACCACGGGGAGCGAUGGCUUUUCCAUGAGCUCCAGGCCAGAGCUGGCCAGCUCCGGCAGCCUCUUCCCCAGCCUUUCGGCAGCAGCCCACUCCUGGUUACUGAUCUACCUGCUGCCCCCGCCCCCCGGCUUGUCCUGCAGCCUCGUGGGUCAUUUGCUAUUGUUGUUAUUACUAGGUCCUGCCCCUACACUGUUCGCAAGUUCUCAGCCAGUCAGAGCCAGACCGCCAUCUUCCAGAAGAGGAACCCGAGGUCCAAAGAAGGCCGGAGACUGCUGUGAUGCCCACACAGCAUUCAGGCUCACUCUGGCUUCGAGACCAGCUCCCCCAACUAUAAAAAUGGGAAUGUUGGCCCACGGGACUCCAGAGGCACAAAAUGCUAUGGGGAGGGGAGGGGACAUUGGCCUCAGACUGACUAAGGGCAAACCUCUGGUCCUUCCAGUCUCCGACAGGAAGAUGACGGGACAGCCUCUGGCUGAAAACCCCUGCCAGGAUCCAGCGGAUCUUUGGUUGGGAGAAAGGAGCUGAGCCUGCAGUAGAACGCGGGGUCGGGACGCUCUGGCUGCGCUGACUCCAGCCCUGAGCGUGGCGCUCACGGCUCCCCGUUCCGGCGGCGGGGCCUCUGCUGCGCUCUGGCGGCCGGAGCGCGAGGCGCCCACCUCGCGCUGGCACGGCCGCCCGGGAGCAAAACCCUUCUGGGACGCGAAGGGGCCUACGCUGGGCCAGUUCGCAGAGCUGGCGAGAAGAUGGGCGGAGCCCGGACGCGGUGCCUAGCACCAGGCAAGCACAUGCCAUCACGCUGCCCAGUGUCGUUAUUCUCUGGCGAAGCUGCGUCCCAAAGAAACCACAGUCGGCUCGUCUCGCGGCCCCGCGCCCGCCCCCGCGGUCCCUCUGCUCAAUGAAAUUGGCCGCGAUGAUCAAGAAGAUGUGCCAGAGCGACUCGGAACCGAGUAUCCCGGCCAAGAACUGCUACCGCAUGGUGGUCCUUGGCUCGUCCAAGGUGGGCAAGACGGCCAUCGUGUCGCGCUUCCUCACUGGCCGCUUCGAGGACGCCUACACGCCCACCAUCGAGGACUUCCACCGCAAGUUUUACUGCAUCCGCGGCGAGAUCUACCAGCUCGACAUCCUCGACACGUCCGGCAACCACCCCUUCCCCGCCAUGCGGCGCCUCUCCAUCCUCACUGGAGACGUGUUCAUCCUGGUGUUCAGCCUGGACAACCGCGACUCCUUCGAGGAGGUGCAGAGGCUCAAGCGGCAGAUCCUCGACACCAAAUCUUGCCUCAAGAACAAAACCAAGGAGAACGUGGACGUGCCCCUGGUCAUCUGUGGCAACAAAGGGGACCGGGACUUCCACCGCGAGGUGGAGCAGCGCGAGAUCGAGCAGCUGGUGGGCGCCGACCCCCAGCGCUGCGCCUACUUCGAGAUCUCGGCCAAGAGGAACAGCCGCCUGGACCAGAUGUUCCACGCGCUCUUCGCCAUGGCCAACCUGCCGCGCGAGAUGAGCCCGGACCUGCACCGCCGGGUAUCGGCGCAGCACUGCGAGGCGCUGCACAAGAAGGCGCUGCGGGGCAAGAGGCUGCGGCGAGCGGGCGGCGACCAGGACGACGCCUUCGGCAUCUUGGCGCCCUGGGCGCGCAGGCCGAGCGUGCACAGCGAUCUCAUGUACAUCCGCGAGAAGGCCAGCGGCGGCGGCCAGACCAAGGACAAGGAACGCUGCGUUAUCAGCUAGGAACUCCCGCCCCGCGCGGACGCAGAGCCUCAGAAGACCCUCUUGUCCAAGAGUCCAGUGUCCGGGCCGUGCGUCCCGAGCCGCGUGCGGGCGCGCGCGGACGGGCGUCUUCCUUCCCAGCACUCCAGCCUGUUCACUGGGGAGACUCAAAGAAACCGAGAAGGGACCAUUAUCUGCUCCGGAAGGAAAGAGAGCUAGCUGAGCCCGGGCUCCCCCCACGUCCGAUCCCCCGUAAGCGCCCGCUAGCCCCACCCGCCCAGCAGAGGUUGAAUUUGCCUUGUUUCUCACAAAGACCUAAGAAUGGGGGUGGGAAUGGGAGUUAAUCAGCCACCACUGGGCUUUCAGAAAUGGGUCCUGCCAGCUGGAGGGCCAGGACAAAACGGGGCAUUAUCUGUGAUUGGGGGUUGCCAUGACAGCUGGACUGCAACUGAGGGCGGGGUCCGGUCUAGGGAGUGCCUUGUUUACAUGUGUGUGCAACUGCACAAAGCAAAACACAGAACUUGCACUUUAUGGUAGUUCUGGUGUCACCACCUGACGUGAACAAAACCUUACCUUUGAAGUUAGUCUUGUUACUGGUUUUUUAAUGUAAAAUAAAAUAACUUAAAAUGGAAAA